AUGGUUCUAUUGCUGCAUGAAUUUCGUGAAAGGAAGCCAGAAGAGAGGGUUUGGAUCAUAACAGCUCAGUGGGAUUUCACAACUGUGCUGGAUAAGUUAGCAUUCACACCAAAAACCUUCAAUGGCACCUUGUCCUUCACACGCCACACAAAUUAUAUGGCAAAAUAUGAAGAGUUCCUUGAGACUCUUCACUCCUUCCUGAAACACAUCCGUUUCAACAACAGUGCUGGAGAAGAUUUUUUUUUUGAUGAAAAUGGAGACUGGGCAACAGGAUAUGAUAUCGUCAAUACUGUCACAUUCCCCAACUUGUCCAUACACAGAGUUCGCGUUGGAAGACUUGAUCCAAAAGCUCCUGAAGGAAAGAAGUUCACCAUCAAUGGAAGUGCUGUUGUGUGGAAUCACAAGUUUAACCAGAUCACACCACAAUCCACAUGUGUUGAGACUUGCCACCCUGGACAAAGCAAGAUGGCACGGCAGGAGGAACAGAUUUGUUGUUAUGAUUGUCCUCAGUGCUCUGAAGGCAUGAUUUCAGCCUUGACAGAUGCAGACCACUGUAACAAGUGCCCUGAGGAUCAACAUCCAAAUAGAAAUCAGGAUGGCUGUAUCGCUAAAACUAUAAGUUUUCUAUCAUAUGGAGAGACCUUGGGAAUAAUUCUGGCUUCAUUUGCACUUUCCCUUUUUCUGAUCACACUUGUGGUGAUGUGGAUCUUCAUUCAACACCAGGAGACUCCCAUUGUCAAGGCCAACAACUGGAACAUCACCUGCACCCUCCUCAUUUCCCUCUUGCUUUGCUUUCUCUGCUCCCUCUUAUUCAUUGGGGAGCCUGCAAAGGUGACCUGCCUUCUCCGUCAAACCAUGUUUGGAAUCAUCUUCUCCCUGGCUGUUUCUUGUGUGUUGGCGAAAACCAUCACUGUGGUUCUGGCCUUCAUGGUCACCAAGCCAGGAAACAGGAUGAGGAAAUGGGUGGGGAAGAGGCUGGCAGUGUCAGUCAUCAUCCUUUGCACUCUUAUUCAAACUGGCAUCUGUGCAGUGUGGUUGGCAACCUCUCCUCCCUUCCCAGAGUUUGACAUGCAUUCACAGACUACCCAAAUCACUGUGCAGUGCAAUGAAGGAUCAGGCCCCAUGUUUUAUACUGUCCUGGGCUACAUGGGUCUUCUGGCCAUCAUCAGCUUCACUGUGGCUUUUUUGGCCAGGAAGCUACCUGAUACUUUCAAUGAAGCCAAGCUCAUCACCUUCAGCAUGCUGGUCUUCUGCAGUGUUUGGCUGUCCUUUGUCCCCACCUACCUGAGCACCAAAGGAAAAUAUAUGGUGGCUGUGGAGAUCUUCUCUAUCUUGACUUCUAGCUCUGGGUUGCUGGGUUGCAUCUUCCUCCCCAAAUUCUAUAUUAUUGUUCUGAGGCCUGAGCUGAACACCAGGGAUCAGCUUGUGAGAAAAAAGAACUGUGAAAUCUGA